GAACGAGAGUGAAUCUUUCCCUAGAAGAUGGAAAGAUACACUGCCAUGAUUUUUGUCUUUGUGCAUGUCGAGAGUAGUGGAGCGAGGCCCAUAAACUUAUGUAGGGCUGUCCAGUGGCUCGAGAUGGCUAGCACAUCUCGAGCUGCUGGACAACCCCAGAUUACAAUUGUGAGAGAGGGUGUCUGUCAUGGCAUCAUUUUGUGGAUAGACUGGAUGCUCGACCAAGACGGUUCUUUCGUUCUUUCUGGACAUCCAACGGAAGGUCGGUCAAACCGAUUUCUUAAGCAAGAGGUGAAAUUGCUUAAAACUCCCUUGGCAUGCAAAGUACAUACGCAACUUGAUCCUCAAGCGGUCACUGACGGAGCGGUCACCGACGGAGCGGACACGACAAAGAAGGUUGUGAACGAGCGACCGCAGGACGGCAGCAGGGGUGCGAUCGACGGGAGCAGCGUUCCGAUCAACGGCAGCAAGGGUGCGAUCUACGGCAGCAGGGGUGCAAUCCGCGAUGCUGACAUCAGCUCUCGGGAUGAAUGGCUUAAUGGUGCAGGUGGCAGUGAUUCGCCGAGCAGCAACGAUAGGUGUCGACAUGGCUUUCGGGAAGAUGGUCGCUGUGCAGCGAUGGAGAGCGAAAGUGAAAAACUGGAUGUCUUUGCUGGCGCCACUACGUGUCUUGAUGUCGUCAUACGAGUGGAUGCAAACACAGGGAACCUUACAAUUCACGUUACGCCGGAGACAUCCUGAAAAGUGGUGGUUAUUUGAACUUCAUUCGGAGUUUUUCAUUUCCCUUCUUUUUUUUCUUUUUUUUUUUCCCUUCUUUCUUUGGUUUGCGUCCUUGGGAAGCAUACACGUAGUACGUCCACAUGCUGCUGAGGACUUCCUCAUUUGGUGGCAUCCUGGCACCGGUCGGUGCUCAGCGUGGACAUGGAGGGAUGUGGAUUGAUCUUAGCUUGGAGAUCAACAUGGAGCUGGAUUUGGCCCCGGUCAUCAACCCGGAAGCAACACAAUGAAGCAGUGAAUAAGGU